UGGAGGCAGGCACCAAAGCGCAGCCUCCUGGAGUUGGGCUAAAGUAACUGUCAAGCAGCUGUCUCCAGCAGCCCUCCCUGCCUGCACAAGUGACGCCGCCAGCCCCCGCUGCCGCGCCUCCCCCUCCUCGCGGUUCCCCGCCCCUCCGCCCGCUCCGCGGUGCUGGCUGCGCGCUCCGCCACCCUCGCGCCCGCGGGACCCGCAACUUCACCGCCCGCCGCAGCUGCGGGCAGCGGACGUGGGAGGGCAGCGGGUGCCGGGGACUGGGCGCAGGGACCCCACUGCUUCCCCCGGCCUUUUGCCGCUUCACCCAAGAGAGGAACUCCGGCUGUCAGCAAAGCCGGAGGUGCGGGCAGUCCAGAGCACUACAUUGGUACGGAGGCUUUUGUAUGCCAGAGGAGCCCUGAGUGUCCCCUGUCAUGACAACGAGCCUUCGUCUUUAGGACCUCCAACUCGCCUCCCAGAAAUCAUGUUGGUAGGAUCCCAGUCCUUCUCUCCUGGAGGGCCCAAUGGGAUCAUUAGAAGUCAGUCCUUCGCAGGAUUCAGCGGCCUCCAAGAGAGGCGAUCCAGGUGUAACUCCUUCAUUGAAAAUUCCACCGCUCUCAAGAAGCCUCAGGCCAAACUGAAGAAAAUGCACAACUUGGGGCACAAAAACAACAACCCUCCCAAAGAGCCUCAGCCACAAAGGGUAGAAGAGGUCUACAGGGCCUUGAAAAAUGGACUUGAUGAAUAUCUGGAGGUUCACCAGACGGAGUUGGACAAGUUGACAGCUCAGUUAAAAGAUAUGAGAAGAAACUCUCGCCUUGGUGUCCUGUAUGACCUAGACAAGCAAAUUAAAACCAUUGAAAGAUACAUGAGACGCCUGGAGUUUCACAUUAGUAAGGUAGAUGAACUCUAUGAAGCUUAUUGUAUCCAAAGACGGCUCCAAGAUGGCGCCCACAAAAUGAAGCAAGCCUUCACAAAUUCCCCUGCCAGCAAAGCUGCUCGAGAGAGCCUGUCAGAGAUCAACAGGAGCUAUAAAGAGUACACAGAGAAUAUGUGCACCAUUGAAGCGGAGCUAGAGAAUCUGCUGGGAGAGUUCUCGAUCAAGAUGAAAGGUCUGGCUGGCUUUGCUCGCCUCUGUCCUGGAGAUCAAUAUGAAAUUUUCAUGAAGUAUGGCCGACAGAGGUGGAAACUGAAAGGGAAAAUAGAAGUAAAUGGCAAACAGAGCUGGGAUGGAGAAGAAAUGGUUUUCCUGCCCCUAAUUGUUGGAUUAAUUUCCAUCAAGGUCACAGAGCUCAAGGGGCUGGCCUCCCACAUCCUGGUGGGCAGUGUGACCUGCGAGACCAGAGACUUGUUUGCAGCCCGUCCUCAGGUGGUGGCUGUGGACAUCAAUGACCUCGGCACCAUCAAACUGAACCUGGAAAUCGCCUGGUAUCCAUUUGACGUGGAGGACUUGACCCCAACCUCAGGAGCUGGGAACAAGGCGGCGGCUCUCCAGAGGAGAAUGUCCAUAUACAGCCAGGGCACCCCGGAAACACCCACCUUCAAAGAUCACUCCUUCUUCUCUAAUCUUCCUGAUGACAUCUUUGAAAAUGGAAAGGCAGCCGAAGAGAAAACCCCACUAUCCUUCAGCUUCAACGACCUGCCGAACGGGGGCUGUGCCCUCUCCGCCAGCUCAGCUGGCUCUCCCUCCAACACGUGCUCGGCACAUCCAGAAAUCACCCUCACCCCUGCAUACCUUAACCACGGCAGCCUGGCCUCCCAGAGUGAGAGCACGGACGACACCAGCUCAGAGUCUUCCAGAAACUCCUCGGCAGAAGGGCAAGGGUCCAAGUCACACCUGGAGGGACACACAGAGGAGCCCAAGAAGCCCACUUUGGCUGCCUCUGAGGCCGGCCCUCAAUCCGCGGGUGCUGGCGCUGACCGCCUAUUCCUGGAGAAAGAUGUUGCAGAGGCACUUCUGCAAGAGUCAGAUGAGGCCUCUGAACUCAAGCCAGUGGAACUGGACACCUUUGAAGGAAAUAUCACAAAGCAGCUGGUCAAGAGGCUCACCUCGGCAGAGGUGCCGGUAGCCUCGGAGAGGCUGCUGUUUGAGGGCUCUGUCAGCGGAGAGUCCGAAGGCUGUCGGUCCUUUCUAGAUGGAAGCUUGGAGGAUGCCUUUAAUGGGCUUUUCCUCGCAUUAGAACCACAUAAAGAGCAAUAUAAAGAGUUUCAGGAUCUGAACCAAGAAGUCAUGCAUCUGGAUGAUAUUCUAAAAUGCAAACCAGCAGUCAGCCGCAGCAGGUCUUCCAGUUUAAGUCUUACAGUUGAAAGUGCUUUAGAAAGCUUUGAUUUCCUGAACACCUCUGAUUUUGAUGAGGAGGAGGACGAGGUUUGUAAUGUUGGAGGAGGUGCCGACUCAGUAUUUUCAGACACUGAGACUGAGAAAAAUAGUUACAGGGCAGUACACCCAGAAGCCAAGGGGCAUCUUAGCGAAGCGUUGACGGAAGACACAGGAGUUGGGACCAGUGUGGCAGGAAGCCCACUCCCCCUGACGACAGGAAACGAAAGCCUGGACAUCACCAUCGUUAGGCACCUACAGUACUGCACGCAACUUGUUCAGCAAAUUGUAUUCUCAAGCAAAACCCCAUUUGUAGUGAGAAAUCUCUUAGAGAAGCUUUCCAGGCAGAUCCAAGUGAUGGAGAAACUCGCAGCUGUCAGUGACGAGAACAUAGGAAACAUCGGUUCUGUCAUGGAAGCCAUUCCAGAAUUUCAUAAAAAGCUGUCCUUGCUGUCGUUUUGGACCAAGUGCUGCAGCCCGGUUGGUGUCUACCACAGCUCAGCUGACAGAGUGAUUAAGCAGCUAGAGGCCAGCUUUGACAGAGCUGUAAACAAAGAAUAUCCAGGACUCGCAGACCCAGUGUUUCAAACGCUGGUGUCCCAAAUUCUGGACCGGGCUGAGCCCCUGCUUCCCUCCAGCCUCUCCUCAGAAGUCAUCACUGUUUUCCAGUAUCACAGUUAUUUUGCCAGCCAUGGUGUGAGUGACCUAGAGAGUUACCUGGGCCAGCUGGCCAAGCAAGUUUCCACGGUUCAGACUCUGCAAUCACUAAGAGAUGAAAAACUGCUACAGACCAUGUCAGCUCUUGCACCCAACAACCUCCCCGCCCAACAGGAGGUACUCAGGACUCUAGCUCUGCUAUUAACUGAAGACGACAAUGAAGUUAAUGAGUCUGUGACACUUUACUUGGCAGCAGCCUCCAAAAAUGAGCAUUUCAGAGAAAAGGCCUUGCUCUAUUACUGUGAAGCACUAACAAAGGAAAACCUCCAGCUCCAGAAGGCAGCUUGCCUGGCCCUGAAAAGUCUUAAGGCUACUGAAAGCAUUAAAAUGCUGGUGACAUUGUGUCAGUCUGAUACUGAAGAAAUCAGAAAUGUGGCCUCAGAAACCCUCUUGUCUCUUGGAGGACCAACUGCUGGGAGAUUUGCAACUAGGUACAUGCAAGAAGUAGCUGACUUGUUGCGAAACCAUGAAAUGGUUCCAAAAAUAAAGAUCCUGCUGCUCCAGAGUAUAGCAUGUUGGUGUUACUUAAACCCUGUCAGCCAGAGAAAAGCCAAACAUCUGAAUUUUCUUCCUAUUCUCAUUGGUUUUAUUGAGGAAAAACAUGAGCCUACAAUCAAAAGUGAAACAAACAGCAGCCUCCUUGUUAAAUUUUGGACUUGCUAUGUUCUCUCUGUCAUAACGUGCAAUAACUUGUCUUGCAUGAAGGAGCUUAAAGACCAUAGUCCUCCAAAAUGUCAUUUGCAAAUGUUGGCUAAUGACAAUUGGUCUGGAUGGCCUCAGAAUUUUGCGGAGGUGCUCUAUUUCCUAAUUGGUUUUCACAGAAACUAAUUUAUCUAAAUAUCUUUACAUGAUGCAGCCAUGAGUACCAAUGUAUUGGCCUGGAAAAUUGGAAUAACUAAUAAAAGUUGAUGUAUCAUC